AUGCGUUCCUUCAUCGUCUCAUUCUCGGCCUUCGUCGCUGCCCUCUCCCUCGUCAUGGCCACUGAGGACCCGUGCUCUCAGAUGUGCUCCAAUGUGAGUGGCUGUGCAGGCUCGAAAUACGGAUCUUAUUGCAAGUCCUGGGUAACUCCUUCCGUCUGCUUCGGCUUGAUCAAGAAGAGUGACGGUUCUAUUUGUUUCGAGCCCGCUGAUUCCAACUGUGUUGGGGAGCCCCUGGCCUGCAGUAUCCAACCAACAAUCGUGCCUGCUACUACAACUCAGCAUCCUACCACUGCUCAUAGGAGCACGACUACGACCACUACCGCUGCUGCUGCUACGACCACUACCGUUGCUGCUGCUACGACCACUACCGCUGCUGCUGCUACGACCACUACCACUACCGCUGCUGCUGCUACGACCACUACCGCUGCCGCUGCUACGACCACUACCGCUGCUGCUGCUAUGACCACUACCGCUGCCGCUGCUACGACCACUACGGCUGCUGCUGCUAUGACCACUACCGCUGCCGCUGCUACGACCACUACCGCUGCUGCUGCUACGACCACUACCGCUGCUGCUGCUACGACCACUACCGCCGCUGUUGAGACUGCUACAACUGCUUCAACCACUACAGAGCCUGUGACUACUACGACAGUUGAGACGACUACUACUGAAGCCACGACUACGAUUAAAGUAACCACAACUACCCAGACGGUGGGUCUCAAUGGUAAUUACUGCGGUAACUUGUACGGUCAAGACUUCAGCGUUGACUUUGAAUCUGGACGCGCCACUCUGAGUGUUCUCGGCCAGACUGCCGGAUGCGACUAUCAAGUAGAUGGUACUGAUAUCAUCUUCUCCAACUACGAUGAUGUUCUCCAGAAGUUGAUGGAUAUGUUCCACAUAAAGAAGAUCCAGGGUACGAUUGAGAGUCCGACUGAAAUUCACAUCAAGGCUGGUCUACUGAUCAAUACUACCCUUACUCAGUGCUAG